AUGGGAUCCCGCUUAUUGCAAAACGUGUGUUCGGCGCUAACCCUCAACAUUCGAAAACGGUUCCUUUGGACGGAUUCAGCGACAGUUUUGGCGUGGCUGCGCUCGGAUAGCCGUCGGUACCACCAGUUCGUCGCUUUUCGGGUGGGCGAGAUUCUUUCGCUCACCAGCGUUGAUGAAUGGCACUACGUACCGUCGAAGCUCAACGUGGCAGAUGACGCCACCAAGUGGAAUUCGGGACCAUCGUUUGAUCCAGAAAACCGUUGGUUUCAAGGUCCAUCGUUUCUACGAGAUCCAAAAGGGCAGUGGCCUAAGCAAUCAGCAGAAGUAAGCGAAGCAGACGCGGCAAGCGAAGAACUUCGAAUGGUAGCGGUACACCAAACGACGGUGGAGAUAGUUGAUGCUGAACGUUUUUCAAGCUGGAAUCGUUUAGUCCGUACGAUGGCCUACGUUCACAGGGCGCUACGGUUCUGGAAGCGCACGCUGAGUGAUGCACAAUGGCGACAAGGUCCAGACCAAGAGGAUUUCGAGAAGGCGGAGGAGACACUUUGGCAACAGGCCCAAGCGCAGGCGUAUUCGGAGGAGCUUCACGAGCUGAGCAAGGGUCGCAGCGUUCGGAAACAAAGCUCACUGCAAUCGUUGAUUCCAUUCAUCGAUGAUCACGGAGUCAUUCGGGUAGGAGGUCGGAUUGGAAACGCACCGCACAUUGCAUACACGGCAAAGUAUCCCGUAAUAUUGCCAAGGGAUCAUCGUAUCACCUUCCUUCUGGUGGAUUCUUUCCACCGGCGGUUCCUUCACACCAACGGAGAAACAGUCUUAAAUGAACUACGGCAAGGGUUCUACAUACCGAAGCUUCGGACUCUCGUACGUAAAGUCAGCAGAGCUUGUCAACACUGUAAAGUGCUGAAAGCUGCUCCGGUGCCACCGCUGAUGGGACCACUGCCAAAGGUACGGUUGACACCAUUCGUUCGGCCGUUUACUUACGUCGGUGUCGAUUAUAUGGGACCUUUCGAAGUCAAAGUCGGACGCAGCGUGGCGAAGAGGUGGAUUUGCCUGUUCACCUGUCUCACAGUGAGGGCGGUUCACCUGGAGCUGGCACACAGCCUUUCAACGACUUCCUGCGUGAUGGCCUUCAGGAGAUUCGUGGCCCGGCGGGGCGCACCGUUGGAAGUCUUUUCCGAUAACGGCACGAACUUUGUAGGAGCGAAUCGCCAGUUGUCUGAAGAGAAGCAGAAGAUCCAGGACAUCGUCGAGGACUGCGCUGCUACAUUCACCAACGCGAACACCCAGUGGCAUUUCAACGUUCCAGCGGCUCCGCACAUGGGAGGACCAUGGGAGCGUAUGGUCAAGUCCGUAAAGGUAGCGAUGAAGGCAGUAUCGGAUAGUCCGCGUCAUCCAAGCGAUGAGGUGUUGGAAACGAUCAUGUUGGAGGCUGAAGCGAUCGUCAACUCGCGACCGCUGACCUACGUUCCCUUGGAGGCAGCAGACGAAGAGGCACUCACGCCAAACCACUUUCUGCUGUAUGGGUCAACCGGUAUCAAGCAACCAGCAACCGAACCUGUGAACGGUAACAUCCUUCGAGACAGCUGGAAGCUUGCGCAGCACAUCGUGGACGAAUUCUGGCGCAGAUGGGUUCGAGAAUAUCUCCCGAUGCUAACGAGGCGUACGAAAUGGUUCGAUGCAGUGAAGCCGCUGGAACCUGGCGAUCUAGUCGUGAUAGUCGACGAAAAUUCGAAGAAUCAUUGGGAGCGAGGACGUAUUUGUGAGACCUUUCCGGACAAAUCUGGGCAGGUGAGGCGUGCUACGGUACAGACAGCUAGAGGAGUGUUCGCUAGACCUGCGGUGAAGCUGGCGGUUCUGGACGUGGCAAGCAACGACAGGAGUACGGAAGCAGUCGCUCCGGAAACGGAAGUGGUUCACGGGUUGGGGGAUGUCGCCGAUACCCCUCGACGCGGCGAAUUGUGGGUGAACCAACUGACCGAACCCUCGCGAGCGAAACGCCAGUGCCGGGCGAAGCGAAUGACAGAUUGA